AUGCGUGAAAAUAAUGUUACGGCAUCCGCAAUUGAUGCCGAGGUGUUAGCCUGCACAAACGCAGGAUGUUAUCAUGCAGAGGUGGAGAAGAAAUUUGAGGAGGAGAUGGAUGAGGGGGUCCAGGUGGAGCAGGAGGAAAAGGAAGAGGAAGAUGGGCGACAGAAGGAGAAAGAAGAGAAGAAGGAGGAGGAUGAGGAGGAGGAGGUGUUGGAAGAAGAACAUGGAGCAUCUCUUAUUGUGGAAGCAGUAGAUAACGCCUCGAUACGGGAGGAUGAUUCUGAGAGCUCAGGCCACAGUAAGUGCAACAAAUACUAGCAUUAAACAUUAAUAUAUUUGCGAAGCUGUUAACUGCUCCCUAAAUUCGCAUUUGAAAUCUGUAAUAGACAGGACCGUGCAGUGCUCAAUAACAGAGCUGAGGACGCAGAAAAUCGUCCCAGAGCUUGAGUCGAUUAAGGAGGUGUCGGAAGAGGAAGAGAAAGAAGACGAGGAGGAGGAGGAGGAGGAGGAGGAGGAGGAGGAGGAGGAGGAGGAGAAAAAGGAGAAGAAGGAGGAGGAGGAGGAGGAGGAGGAGGAGGAGGUAGAGAAGGUGGAGGUAGAGAAGGUGGAGCGGAAGGAGAAGGAGGAGAUUAAAGGGAACGUCGACGGCGACGUCGACACGCUGAACGACUCAGAGAUAGGCAAGAAGCAGACAAUGCAUAACCGACCGCUUGAUUCAGUAACCGUUGUGAGGCGACCUCCGAGAUGGAGGAAUGUUCGUAGGUCGUCGCGUAAGUUCACAAACACGUCACUAUCCCUCUUUGUUCGUCCAUAGGCAACUUUAUUUCUUUAGUCCUAUAACUCUUUUAUCACUUACUUAUCGCUCUCUUUAUUCACACUUCCCAUGUUAGAAGCGUAUACGCUGUUGGACUGGCAAAAACCAAACGCUUUUCGACGACGACUACGAGGAAUAUGGACGAAAUUUGUCUGUUGCGGUCAUUCACCUACCAAGGACUGAAUUUACUCCCUACCCUCAUGUACAUAGAUAAAAUUUUGUAUGUAGAACUUUUGUGCAUGUAAAUAUUCCUGAUUCUCCUCCCUUACUAAUACAUGUUAUUGCGUUCUCUCAGUUCUGCUUAAAGAAGAUAGAGAGAAAUUGGAAGGAGGUGGAGGGGGAGGGGACGUGGAAUGUCUGUUAAUUGUAUAUGUAACGGUGCUUUUGUGACUUGGGCAGCUACAGCAGGUAAAAUAAUUGGAGUCAUUUGAGGAUAUUGUAGUAACGCAUUAUUUAUCGCAUGAAAUGAUUUCCUUGCAUGAGAGUGCAGGACGUAGAUCUAGGCAGCCCCUUGUUUUAUCCAUUCGCGCUUUUCUAGUGGGCCAUAACUUCGCUAAAUCACAGGAUGUUGGCAUUCGGUAGGCAUUCACCUGGCUUCCUGUGGCUGUUUCGCUGUAGUGCUGCCCUGUAUCUUGUUUCUUCCACUUUAUCGGCGACUCUGGAUCAGAGAGAAUACUUUGUGGUAUUUGAAGAUCUGAGGUUAAGUGAUCGCUUUGCAACAUGCAGCCACCCCCACUACUUUAUUUGUUCGUUGGCUGACGAUGCACAUGAUGUGUAUGAAACGGUACACUUGUUCCAGUUCACCGUCGAAUGGAGACACGGCCUUUGGGGGCUUUGUGAGAAUGCUGAAGCCAAAUUUUUUUGACUGUUGUGAAAAGGCGUUCGGUCAGUGCAGAAUGUCGUCAGGGCGAGAGAGCACGUUACAUGUAAGGCCCUUGAUGGAUCAUGACUGUGAGGCAAAAUGAUCGUCCACUGAACUCAAGUUGAUCGUCUGCCACACACAAAUCUCUAACGGCAUUAUUAAAGUCAUAUGAGACGGGAUGUGGGCAUAUCUGUAUUCCUGGCUGUGCUCAUACAGGGCGCGUGCAUUGAAAAUCUCAUGGCCGAUUUCCAGGAUAAUUGGCCUGAUCCGACAGGAACUCUGACGAUGACCAUGAUGUGAAUGAUGGGAUAGAUUAGGCAGAUGAGGCGAAGGAGUAUGCGGUGGGCAAGUGGGAGGAUGGGAGGGUGGAGGUAGGCUAAUGUGAAAAAACACUGGACAACUUAUUGUAGGCAGCUUUGGCAUAUGAAUGUAACCACAACCGGCGUCUACUAGCUUCUCUUCGUCGUUUUUUUCAACGAAGCUUGUACCUCUUCUCCGCCGACUGCGAUCAUUUUGAGAUGGUCAUCAAAAUACCUUUUUAUGUGUAUAGCUUGUAAAUAUGCCCCCUUUUCCAGCACUCGCUGUUUUAUUUAGUUCGAAUAUUCAUAUUAGCCGUCGAGGCGAGCCGUACACGCCUUUUUUGACAUGAUUUGCUCAACUUGCGCGCAUUUACUACCGAGGAUUCUGGAAGGUACUGUUCAAAUGAGUGCUUCUGCUGGCCGCACAUUAAUCAUAUUCUGCACCAUUUUUGCUCGAUAUGUGAUGAACUAGAGCCAGUUCUUUGGCGAUGUAAUUACCGAGAAUGUGCACGAGCUUCCUUGCACUCUGCUCGAUCAGCACCUUGCCCUCAUGUAAAUUCCGGUGGAAUCAGAAUACCUCAGCAGGCCAACAGCUCGUAAUCCUCAGAAGAGACAGAGACGGAAUGGCCGUUCGGGAAUGUUGACGAUAAGCGAAAAAUGGAGAAGGAGGAGGAGGAGGAGGAGGAGGAGGAGGAGGAGGAGGCUACAGCAUAUUUUUCUAACUUAUUCAUGCAAGUUAUUCUGACGAACGUGUAA